GGCAAGGCAAGUGGGCCAAUGGGCCAAUUUAGAGUGCUCCGAGUGAAAUAAUAAUAACAAAAAUAAAAUGGGUUAGACCCAGUUUACAAAUUUAGUCCAAAGUCAAAAACUCACGGAAGGCUGCCAAUUGCAUAUGCCGAACACACCAAAACAAGUGUGCAGUAGAAUUACGCGCUUCUCGGACAGUCUCUGUUAGCUCACCUCAACCAUGGCCACACUCCGCAUGAUAGAUAUCGCCGUUAACUUCACAGAUGGAAUGUUCAAAGGAAUCUACAAUGGCAAGCAAUGCCACGUAUCCGAUAUAGCCACGGUUUUGAGCCGGGCUUGGACCGCAGGCGUCGACCGGAUUAUUGUUUAUGGAUUCAGGUUACUGGUGGAUCGCUUGAGGAAUCGAAAGAAGCUCUUGCUAUUGCCGAAACCGAUGGCAGGCUUUUCUGCACGGUUGGUGUUCAUCCUACAAGAUGCAAGGAGUUUGAAGAGAGCGGUGAUCCAGAGAAACAUUUUCAGGCUCUUUUGUCACUGGCCAAAGAGGGGAUAGAGAAAGGGAAGGUGGUUGCAAUUGGUGAAUGUGGAUUGGAUUACGACAGGCUUCACUUUUGCCCUGCAGAGAUUCAGAAGAAGUAUUUUGAGAAGCAGUUUGAACUAGCGUAUGCUACAAAACUACCCAUGUUUCUGCAUAUGCGUGCAGCUGCUGAUGAUUUCUGUGAAAUUGUAGAGAGAAAUAGAGGCAGGUUUUUUGGUGGGGUCACCCAUUCAUUUACAGACAGUGCAGAAGAUCGAGAUAAACUUCUUAACUUCAGCAAUAUGUAUAUAGGUGUGAACGGUUGCUCUCUGAAGACAACUGAGAAUCUUGAUGUUGUGAGGGGCAUUCCUAUCGAGAGGAUGAUGAUUGAGACAGAUUCCCCUUAUUGUGAAAUAAAGAGCACUCAUGCUGGGAUUAACUUCGUAAAUUCAAAAUGGCCUUCUAAGAAGAAAGAGAAGUAUGAUCAUGAAAGCAUUGUUAAAGGCCGCAAUGAACCUUGUCUAGUUCGGCAAGUGCUAGAAGUGGUGGCUGGUUGUAAAGGUAUCAGUGAUAUAGAGCAGCUGAGCAGGACAAUUUACCACAACACUUGCAGGGUUUUCUUUCCCCAGGAUUUGGAUUCCGCAGCAGAUGCUUUUCUUGCUAGUGGCCAUGGCCCUUAGACUUCAUUUCUCUUUCUUUUUAUUUUUUUUGUUUAGACUUUGAUUUACACAAUGUCAUGGAAAUUGCUUAAAUUUUCAAUCUAUCAAGGUCAAUCAAAUAGUUCGAAAACUUAAUAGAUUCUCUUCCCUCAGUUUUGACGGGAAGUGAAUGGUGGUAGUCA